AUGCGUCUGGGCUUCUCGUCGCUGAUUGCGGCGGCCCUGCUUGUCGGCCCGGCCUACGCCAGCAACGGCGACGGCAAGCCGGCCACUGCCGCCACCCCGCCUUGCGCCUCUCUCCAACCUCCGCCCCUGCCCAACGUCAAGUACCUCAACGUCAAGGCCGCUCCGCAGACGGGACGCUGCCACGUCGACAUCGCCCUCACGCACGGAGCGACGGGGGACCACGUCGUCGUCACCGUCCUGCUUCCCGAUGCAGCCAAGUGGAACGGCCGCUUCCUGGGCCUUGGGGGAGGCGGCUACGUCGACGCGGCGCAGACUUCGGAUCUCGAGGAUGCCGUCUCGCGCGGCUACGCCGCGGCGACGACGGACGCGGGCGUCGGUACGGCGGGCACGGGCGACUGGCUGCUCCGGCCGGGCACGGACGAGGUGGACGCCAACGCGCUCCUCGACUUUGCCAGCCUGUCGACGCACGAGAUGAGCGUGAUUGCCAAGGCGCUCGUCUCGUCGUACUACGGCGGCGCGAGGGCGUUCAAGUCGUACUGGUCCGGCUGCUCCAACGGCGGCCGGCAGGGCCUGGUCGAGGCGCAGCGCUACCCGACCGACUACGACGGCAUCCUCGCCGGCUCGCCCGCGCUGUCGUGGCACCGCUUCACGCCGGCGGGCCUGUACGGCUACGUCGUCAAGAGCCGACUCGGCUACAAGGGCCCCGCGUGCGAGCUGACCCAGAUGCGCGCCGAGGCGGUCAAGGCGUGCGACGCCCUCGACGGCCUGGCCGACGGCAUCAUUGCCGCCCCGCACCAGUGUCGCUUCGACCCGGCCAGCGUCGUCGGCAAGCCGUUCCGGUGCGACGCGCCGGGCAUCGGCAGCGGCACGCCGGGCGACUUUGUCUUUUCCAAAGAGGCGGCGCGGAUCGCCGACGUGGCCUGGCACGGCGGGUCGUACCGCGGCCAGCCCUUGUGGCACGCGCACGGCUACGAUGCCGACCUCAACGGCGUCACGUACCCGUCGCCGCUGUCGCAGGCGUGGGUCGCGCGCGCCGUGGAGCGCACGCCGUCGUUUGACGCGACGACGCUCGACGACGCCGCCUUUUUCGACAUGGUGCUCAAGUCGCAGCAGCUCUACGCCGACGUCAUCGGUUCCGCCGAGCCGAACCUGGCACCGGCGUUUCGGCACGGCACCAAGAUCCUCAGCUGGCACGGCCUGGCCGACUAUGCCGUGCCGUACCUGGGCACGGUGGACUACCGCGCCCGCGUCGCGGCGAGCGUGGCCGCGGCGGCCGGACUCGACGUCGACGACUCGCUGCGCGUCUUUGUAGCGCCGGGCGUCGGACACUGCGGCGGCGGCAUCGGUCCCAAACCCGACGAUCCGCUCCAGGCCCUCGUCGACUGGGUCGAGGGCGGCAAGCCACCCGAGCGCCUCGCCGCCACGUACCAGGGCGCCCAGGCGGGCAAGAGGGAGUCGCUCUGCAGGCUGCCCCAGAUGCCCACCUACGCCCGCAACGGCGCCGUCAUGUGCGUCGACUCGGCCUUUGUCAAGUCGUUCAAGCCCCUGCCGCCGUUGCAUGCCUGA